AACCUCGUCUGUCAGAAAGUGCUUCAUAACCGGGAUCUGUCAUUGAAAAGUGGGAAAAGAAAUUUGGUUUGCCAGUGAGUUUCCAAGCAAUUUCGUAUUUUUAAGUGAUAUAGGUUUAGAAUUAUGCUGAAACAAGAGCAAAUUUUGCACAUCGAACCUCAGAAUGAUCUUAAGUUUACAGGGCCAUUCAACGUCCCUGUAACGUCGUACAUGAAGCUGACUAACCCGUCAGAUCAGAAAGUUUUAUUUAAAAUUAAAACCACAGCCCCGAAAAAGUAUUGCGUCCGGCCAAAUUCCGGAAUACUAGAUCCAGGAAAAUCAACAGAAAUAGCAAUUUGCCUGCAACCUUUUGUCUAUGACCCAGCUGAAAAAAACAAGCAUAAAUUUAUGGUUCAAACUACUUUCGCUCCGGAGCAUGGCGACACCAACCUAGAACAGAUAUGGAAAGAAAUCAGCCCAGAAAAACUGAUGGACUCUAAAUUGAAGUGUGUUUUUGAAUUGCCUCCAGAAGAACUAAACCAAUCUGAGACUCAACAUAGAUCAGGGAACACAACAGAGUCGGGUGAGUUUGGAACCAGUGACCACCACUCCAAACCAGCCAAGGUUAAUGCCGAGGUGGAUAUUGAGCUGGACAAAGCAGUAAAGGAAGUUCAGCAACUUAGAGAAUCUGAAAGCGAGUUGAGGCAAGAAAAUCUUCGUUUGAAGGAGGAGAUUUUGAUUUUAAAGAAACAGAGGGGUCUGGCCACCCCUAACAGAUAUGCGCCCCCUGUGGAGCAACCUCAAACUAUGUUAUUGGUAGGAGUAGCUAUCAUUGUAGGGUUGUUGGGCUUCAUCUUUGGGAAAUAUGCGCUCUGAAACGAUAGGCCUCCAUCAUCCCACUACAACACUCCACUGUAAUGUAUAUUUAUUAAAAAUUUCAAAAAUACAUCUUAUAAAAAUCAGAUUAACAGUAACUCUUGUAUUAUACAUUUUGGAGAAAUUCUGUGGGCAUUUUUAGGCCGGGCCUUUUAGUAGAUUUAUAUCUUUUAAUUUCAAUCAAAGCUAUGUGAACAGUGAAAACACUAUUUCAACAAAAAGUGUGUGUUGUUUUUUUGUAACAGGCAUUUUAUUACUCGUUUAGUUUCAUUUUUGUACAUAUAAAGCUAGUAAUGUAUAAAAUACAAAAGAAAACAGUAUUCUGCUCGCUAUUUGCUCUCGUCCUAAAAUUUUCUUUUUAACGACUUACGACAACUUUGCCCGUCAAAUUUUCGCAAUAACUUUUAAUUUCGUACAUCGAACUAACAUAAAAAUGGGGACGGCCACGUUUGGCAACAGUGCAAUCUGCAGCUUCUAAUCGGCAGUUGCCGGAUUUGUCAUAUUGCAAACAGCCUAUUGCCAUACGUCGAUUAGUUUACUUUGAUGUGUAGGGUAAGGUUGAGAGUUAUAUUGACUUCAGUUAAAUAGACCACCGUUAUUAAUGAGUAAGGCAUUUCUUUCUUGUAACCUUCUAUGUUAUAAAUUGUUUUGUUUUACUUGUCUUAAUAUAGGAACUUUAAUUUGAAAGUAUUUUUGUUCAUUGUGGGACAGGGGUUGGGACGAAACGGCAGGCACAAAAUUAAUCAACAAUUUUAAUUAUUAAUUUUUCAAAGAAACUUCCACAGGCUACUGUAAUAUUUUUUACAAAACUUCUGGAUUCCUCCUGCGUCGGUUUUUGCUGAGUUUCGCCAAUCAUCCUGUUGGCUUCUUCAAAGCUUGACUGAAACUGGCUCGCGUUUUACUCUGUACCUGCUUAUAUAUUAUUUGAGGGAGGCGGAGCUAAAUGAGGGGCAUAAACACCGUCUCGGAUGACUGAUUCCCAAAUUGGUGACAGGUAAAGACCUGAGUGGCGGUUAAGAUUGUUAGGUUGUUUAUAGAUUUCUAUAGACUAUCGGAUUUCGGAUAGAGAAACUGAUUACAUGCAAGAAUUUUAGUUUUAUCGAAAAAAAUUUUGUCUGAUUUCAUGGGUGUUUUCGGCAACAGCUGAUGAGUUUAUUUAUCUUAGUCGUAAGGUUCUUUCGUGUUCUUUGAGCCUAGUUGGUAUUUUUCGUCCGAUUUCUCAAUUGGAAUUUUGUCUUUGACGGACCGAAGAUGUUGAGAGAUUUUUGGACAAGUGGUAAUCUGGUUUUGACGUUAUACUUCUUUAGAACUUUUGAUAUGUGAUCAGUGUUGUUUUGAAUGUAAGGAAGGACCACAGUGGCAAGUGUAAGAUCGCUUUCGGCCUCAUUGCUAUUGGAAGGUUGUGGUCAAGUGUAUUUUUUAAUGGAGCACUUAAUAUCUUUAACGUGGGAAUUAUUAGAGAGAAGAGCAGAGGUUAGGUGUUUUAAUUCUGUUUUCAGAGACUCGAGCUGAGAUAGUUUUACGGCUCUGUAAACAAGAGAGUUGAUAACCGAUGAUUUUUGGGCUGGAUGGUGAUGUGACCAUGCAUUAAGGUAUCGGUCUGUGUACGUAGGUUUUCUGUAAACACAAUGACCCAAUGUUAGGUCUGAUUUUCUAUUGAUAAGAAUAUCUAAGAAUGGAUGGUUAUUAUUAGUUUCCAACUCAAUGGUAAAACGUAUGUUAGGGUGUACAGAGUUUAAAUGUCUAAGAAAAUCUACUAGGGUCUCUUGCCAUGAAGUCAAAUAACAAAAGAAUCAUCGACGUAGCGUUUCCAUGAUUUUGGUCGAGAGCUUUCUUCUCAAAGGCGAUGACGGGUGAUAGUGGAGAAUCCAUAGCUGUUCCCGACGUGUAUUCAAAAAUUUGACCGUUAUAAGAAAAAUAUGUUCCUGAUGGUUCCAAAUUCUCGGAUUUUAAUAUAUCUGAAAUGAUUUCAAGAGUUUCAGGAAUAGGAAAUAUGGUAAAGAGGGAUUCUACGUUGAAACUAGAAUAUCUCUUGUAUCUAAUGUAAUGCUUUUUAAUUGUUCAAUGAAGUGAAAGGAAUUAAGUACGAAACUGUCAGUUUUCCCUGUAAGGGGUUUUAAUAAGGAAGCUAGAUAUUUUGCUAGAGAAUAUGUUGGAGGGGUAACAGAUUUUUUCACGGAGUCUGAUAGAGAAGAAGCCUUAAUAGAUUUGAGGUUGCGAUCCAUAGUUGAUGUAGGAUCUUUUUUAAGUUGACCAUAUGAUCCGUCUGUAAGAAUAUCUUGAAUCUUUUCCUGAUAUUCAUUUGUGUCCAUGACUAGCGUAGUAUUUCCUUUAUCUGCUUUUAGGAUUACGACGUCUGGAUUGGAUUUUACAGAUUUUAGGGCAAUGCGUUCAGGCUUUGCAAUAUUGGAUUUAGGAGGUUUUGAUUUUUUAAGAAUUUUUGCGGUUUCAAAUCGAAUUUCGUUAGCUGUUUGAGAUGGCAGUUUGUUUAGGAUAGACUCGACAUUUGAAAUGAUUUCCUCUUUUGGGAUAAUAUGGGUGGACGAAGUUGGAACCUUUUGAAACUACUAAUUUUUCCGUUUCCGAAAGUUGGUGCGAUAUACAUUUAUUACAGUGUUUGGUAGUUUAAAAGAGUUUGAAGGCCCCCCUCAAACAAUAUAUAAGCAGAUACAGAGUAAAAUACGAGUCAGUUUCAGUCAAGCUCUGAAGAAGCCAACAGGAUGAUUGGCGAAACGUCAGCAAUUUUGACUCAGCAAAAACCGACGCAGUAGGAAUCCAGAAGUUUUGUAAAAAGUAAUUUUAAUUAUUAAUUAUUAAAUGGAUAUUUUUGUUAGUUUUGAUGAAGUUUGGGUCAAUCUUACUAUUGUGCAUUCAAAAAUAUAAAAUUAAAAUUUGAUGUGGCAAAUAUCCUGCACCUGAACGUGGUACUUAUUCAUUUCAAAUAUACAAGGUGCUUCGCAAAUAUUUGGCUUGUUCUGCAGAUUCAUAUUUUUUCGGCUCUAACUUUUGAAUUGUUUUGUAUAAUUUAAUAAAGUUUUAGUAUUCUGUGUAGGACAUGGAGAUUCAUAAAACCAUACUGCAGUAGAUGUUUUGAGUCAAAAUUUUGACAGGUGUCAUUUAACAGAGCUAAAAAAACCCUUCAGACCUAGCACCAAGUUGGUAAGUUUGGGGUCAAUAGGUAUUUUUAGUUCCUGAAUUAAAAAAGCAUAAAUAAAAUUACCUAGUCCUUGGCGAAAUAUUUUUCGUCGAACAAAUUUGCAAAUGGACUUAACAAUUUUAAUCUAAUUAGAGAUAAGUUAGACUCGUAUCACUACACAUAAAUUUGCCACAUUCCAAGGCAUCUGGAUAACGUUUGUUAAAGGUAUUAAUAAAAAAAAAACGAUUAGAAUUUGUUGCCAAUUAGGGGCAUGCAAUGAAUUGUUUUUUUUUUCUCGAAAAUGAAAAAGUUUAAGAGACAAAAGUAUUGCACCUUUUAAAUUUUUCGAACAUUGUUUCUGUACACCCUGUAUAUGGGUUGCUAAAGUUACUUUUAGCUUACAACAUUUUUUAAAAUUAACACUAAACGUCAGGAAGUCAAAGAAAUUAACCAUGAGAACUAAAAUACUGCCUCUUGUUGCAAAUAUUACUUUGUAAAUGUCAUUUUAUUUCAUUAUCUUUUCCUUUUAGAUCACCAUGUAGUACCCAUAUUAUUCACAAUACCCAUAAGAUAGGUUCUAGGGUACUUUACCCUAAUGUCACAAUGUGAAAAUGGCGCC